AUGGCGGCGGCGCUCCAGGCCAGCGGCGGCGGGAUACAGCAGGAAACCGAGGAGGAGCGCUCGAUAAAGCGCCGGCUUCUAAACCGCGAAUACGCGAAGCGGUCGCGGCAGCGGCAGCACGAGCGCUUCGUGGAGCUCGAGGCGCAGGUGAAUUCCAUGGCGGCGGAGAAACGCGCCGCGGACCAGCGGCUCCAGGAGAUGGAACAGGCGCUGAUGAUCCUCCAGGGGGAGAACGCGCGUCUGCGGCAGAUUGCCUCGGGGCGCUACAGCCGCGACAUGGCGGAGAUACUGCGCGCGAUACAACAGGCGGGGGGAUUUCCCGCGGAGGCGGCGGCGGGGCUUUUCAACGCGGGUGGAGGGGUUCCCGCGGGAGGGCCUGCGGCGCAAGUAGUAGCGCCUCCGCAAACAGGUUUCGCGCCCGACGCUCGCGACGCUCGCGGUUUCCUAGAGGAGGGCGCGUCCGCGUCCGCUUCCGCUUCCGCCGCCGCCGCAGCAGCAGCAGCCGCGCGAGCAGAUUUGCGCUUUAACGCCGCGGGCGCGUUUCCUGGCGCUAGCAGCUAUCAAGAAAUCGGACUCGAGGGGAUAGACAAUGGGACCGCGAUUGGGGGCAACUGGCCGCGCAGUGCUUCCGCCCCUUCCGCGGAGAUUGGGGCAGAACUUGCCCCUGCGCGGGAGCACGCGAGCGGAGCCCAUGCUCAGCCCGCGCCAGAUCGGCAGAGGGGGACAUUUCCCCCUCCCCCGCCUGCACAAGCUUUCCCAUCGGUUCAGGGUUUUUUUGGGCAGCCUGGACAAGUAAGGCUGGGUGGCGGAGAUUCCAUGUUGGGAGAUUUUUCUGCGACGGAAGACAAGAAUGAGAUGAUGAUUUUCGCCGCAGCUGCUGCCUCUGCUACUGCUGCUUCCUCUGCCCCAGCUCCCGCUGCUCCUGCUGGUAACCCCGGCGGCCACGCCAGCUCAGGUGCCUUCUCAGGUGUUUUCUCCGCUGCUGCUGCCGCCACAACUGCAGUAAACCCAAUCCCUGGGUUUGGUACUCCUGACCUGGACGUUCCUCUGGGAGGGGAUGAGGACACCGCAGCUUUGCUGGCUGUUGCAGGGCUUGUGGGGGGAAAUGGAGGGAGUGUGGAGAGAAGUAGGCCGGGUGGGGCGAAGGAGGGAGCCGAACUAGGGGUCUUUCGCAUGCACAGGCAGUGA